UCGUUAAGAGGAGUUCGGUCAAGGCAUCCUUAUAAGUACCUUUGCCAAUUGAGGUCAUCAUCAUAUACCAUUUAAUACUGAGAGCAAUAAAUUGAUCAACUAUUUAUUCUGGAAACAACAGAAUGCUUUCAAAACUAAUUCUGCUGUUAGUCUCGCUGGUCAGUGCUUUCAGUACACCUUUGCAGGUAACUCCCGAAGAGCUCAGGAAUACUUAUAAAAUAAUUUUUAAUGAUCUGUUCGCUCGUGAAGGAAAUGCUGCUAGUGAAUUGAGAGAAUUAACGACCGCGUUGGAAAAUUACCGCAAUGAGACAAUACAAUCAAUUAUUGCCGAUUUAACGGCCGCCUCUAAAUUGUAUUGGGAUGAAGUCAAUUUACUUGAAGCUGUAGCUGAUAGCAAAGACGAAGAUAUCUCCGCCUGUAUAGAAGUGGGAAAUGAGGAAUUUUACGCACUAAACCGUUCAAUGAUAUCGGCCGCAUCUGAUAUCAUUGACCAAAUAUUGCAGGAUGCGCUCAAUGAAAUUAUUGAAUGUACGGAUGUUUGCGAAGAAGCCUUAGCAAAAUUACAAGAGUUUUCCGAUAAAAUUGAUGAAUGUUCUGAUGAUACGUGCGCUACUAUUAUAGAAGGAGAGUUAGUUGAAUAUUACCAAGCAGCGAUAAAAAUUAUUGAUGACUCCACUUCCACGGCUUCUCAGUACGUUUUUAUGUAUCUGCCUCAGGUUUUAGCAGAAAUUACCACCGAUAUUGAAGCUUUUCAAAAGAGCUACCAAGAUAUAAUCGACGAGAUUAGAGCAUGUGUUAACUCGAAUGUAACUGAGGUUUAUGAAACUUAACUUGAUUGUAUUAGAGUAGCUUGUAACAUAUUUAUGCAUUAAAAAACUUGUUGUUUUUUUCA